GAGGACCGACCCAUCCGGAGGGCCAGGAGCGGCAAACAGCGAUGGGCGACACGGCUCCCCCCCAGGCCGCGGGGCUGGGGGCCGGGCUGCUGGGGGGGGGCCCGGCGGCGCCCCGGGUGCACAGCGCCAUCGUGGAGCGGCUGCGGGCCCGCAUCGCCGUUUGCCGCCAGCACCACCUCAGCUGCGAGGGGCGCUACGAGCGGGGUCGCGCCGAGAGCUCCGACCGCGAGCGAGAGAGCACCUUGCAGCUGCUCCACCUCGUGCAGCAGGGGCAGGGAGCCCGCAAGACCGGCAAGCACCCCAAGGCGGCUGCUGCCGGCGGCUCGGCCACCACAGCCGCCGCCGCCGCGCCCCCGGACUACCACCAGCACCUCCUCAGCAACGGCGGCAUCAACGGGGAGCAGCCGGCGGGGGAGCAGCGCGCCUCGGCCCUCCUGGCGCUCCAAGGCUCCUUGAAGAGAAAGUUGGUGGUAAAUCUGUCGCCUGUCAACAACAAGAGGCCCAAUGGUAUUUCUGAAAGCUCUUUCCUUGACAUUAAGAGGAUAAGAGUGGGUGAUAAUAUCUCAGUGGGACAAAGCGGACAACAUGUUAACAAUUGCCAAAGCCAGUCAAUGUCAGGAACUAUGUCUGUGGGGCAAGGACCACAAAGAAAGGCCAGCAACUUAGCAAACAAUACACAUGCCAGUGGGAAUGGCAUGUUUAAUAUGACUUUGAAAGAGGUAAAGAAAGAACCGGGAGAAACGGUGUCCUGCAGCAAACACUUAGACGGCCAGACGCCCCAUGAGAACAUGUUCCCUAACAGGUAUGGGGAGGAUUCGUGGGAACAAAUGAUGGAUCUGGAGCUUCAGGAGCUGUUUAAUGAGCUCACUAACAUAUCCGUGCCGCCAAUGAGUGAUCUUGAGCUGGAGAACAUGAUAAAUGCCACAAUAAAACAAGAUGAGCCAUUCAACAUCGAUCUGGGGCAGCAGAGCCAGAGGGGUCCUGGGAGAUCUCUGCAGAUGGAUAAGAUGGUGAUAAAAAGUGAAUAUACACCAGGCAUGAAUCAGGCUCCUGUGGGCUCCCCACAGAUGAGGCCUUCUUCUACAGGCCCAGCCUUCACUAUGGCCACCACUGCCAUGUCCACCUCCUCACCCAUCCCUUCGGUGCCUCAGAGUCAAACGCAAGUGUCGCAAGUUUCUUCUGCAUCCGGUCGGCCGUUGCCUAACUGGCAAGAGGUGUCUCACGCACAGCAGCUCAAACAGAUUGCAGCCAACCGGCAGCAGCAUGCCUUGAUUCAGCAGCAGCAACAGCAGCAGCAGAACCAGACAGCCAACUGGACCACUCUGUCCCCGUCAGGACCUUCCCCUGGACCCUUUGUGCAAGAGAAAAUCCCCAGCCCCUCUUUCCGGCAGCAGCAGUUCAGCCCGCAAAGCUCAGCAAUGCUUGGGGUACCAGUGAAUGGAAACCAGUCGAAAGGGAUGAACAGCUAUGGCUACAAACCAGCCACUCCCCAGAGCACCCCCAUGGACAUAAUCAUGCAACAGAAGCCUCAGGACCUCAACAGGAACUUUAUCAACAGUGCUCAGCCGUCACUAGAGCAGCAUCACAGCAACACAAAGCCUUUGUUUCACUUCAACUCAGAGCAAACAAACCAGCAGAUGCCUUCAGGUUUGGGUUCCCAAAACAAGCCUGCCCUUCUGCACUACACGCAGCAGGCACAGGGUUCGGCCCCCGUGCAACAGCCGCAGCAGCAGCAGCAGCAGCCGCAGCCGCAGCCGCAGCCCGCUCAGCCUCUCCCAAACCAGUCUCUUCAAAGGCCACCUAAUAUACCCCUAGCAAUGCAGCAAAAAAUGCUGCUUCAGAAAAUGCAGCAAAGCCAGCAAAUCUCAGGUCUGCAGUAUCCAGUCUCUCAGCAGCAGCACAGACAGGAUCAACACUCUGUGGUAGGCCAGGGAGCUGGCCCUACUCCAAGCUCCAGUUCUUGCUCGAAUCCAAACACUGGAAGUGGUUACAUGAACUCAUCCCAGCAAUCAAUGUUGAAUCAGCAACUGAUGGAAAAGAAACAGGCUCUGCAACGACAAAUGAUGGAGCAAAAACAACUCCUUCUACAGCAGCAGAUGUUGGCAGCAGAAGCUGAGAAAAUAACUCCACAAGAUCAACUGAACAGGCACUUGACAAGACCACCACCAGAUUAUAAAGACCAAAGAAGGAACGUGGUCAACAUGCAACAAGGGAACCAAUAUCCUGGUGGCUCACCAGCUGUGAGCAUGAGCUCCAGCAACAUGUCCUUAUCCAACCCUAUCUCAACUCACAGUAUUGUGCCGCAGAGCUCCAGCCUCAUGUCCACCUCUGCUGGAACCCGAAUGCCUUCUGCCCCUGCUGCUCGGAGUAUGGGCUGCUACGGGAACCUUCCCUGCAACCAGUCGAGUGCAUACAACGUAACUUCAGGAAUGAACCAAAUGCAGCCACACAGGAACCAAAAUCAAGUCCUGCCCAGUCAGAACAACCCCAUGAUGUCUAGACAGCAAAGCAUGACACAGGGAAACAAUACAGCAGCUUUUGGGACAGGGGCAGUGGUCACCUCACAGCAAGUAAGGCCAGGCUUGAACCACGGAGCCACAGGUAUCCCUGCACAAAGGGCACCCAAUGUGAUGAUCACGGCUACCGCCACAGCUCAGAACUGGGCCCCGCAAGAGGCUGCGGGGAAGCAGCAGGACACACUGAAACCCGCAGGGGUUCGUUUCCCCACGAGCACUCCUUAUCCUACCCAGUCCUUGCCACGCAACGUAGGCAGCCAGCAUUUUCCUCAGCACGCCUUGGCACCUCCUAAUCAGUUAACAGCAGGAGUCCAGAUGAGGCCUCCUCUAAACCAGAUGAACCAGACUCUAAAUGGGCAAGCCGCUGGCUCACUGCGAGGUCUCAGCAUAAGACCUAACCAGCUGAGAGGACAGACUGUGCCUACCUUGAAUCAGCCAGGAGCAAGUAUGACGCCUCCGUCAUCUCUGCCGUCAACCGGUUUCACAUCUACCAACCAAAACUCUCGCGUGUACCAAGGCAGUGAGCAUGGCGGUGACCUAGCGUUUGACUUUCUGAACCAGCAAGGCGACAGUAUAGGCCCUGCGCUCAACAGCGACUCGGACUUCAUAGAUUCUUUACUGAAAACAGAGCCUGGUAAUGACGACUGGAUGAAAGACAUCAACCUUGAUGAGAUUCUGGGGAACCACUCAUAAGUGACAGUGAGCCAGAUGAAGAAGCAGUUAAGGACAUUAGCUUUCUCUUUAGAUGCCAGCAACCUGCUUUUGAUACACUCCACUAACCGGGCUGUCCUUUAAACUACCGUGUAGGGUGACUGCCCUCUUUGAAGAGUUGCUCUAGCAACAAAACUGAAGUCUCCCCUUAUGAAGUGAUAAGAUAAGCGAUAUUCUUGCCCGCCACAAAGAAGUGAGGAGGAGUGAAGGGUCUGUUCCCCACACCAGUGGGCAGUGCAUUGCAAACCUACCAGUCCUUCUCACGAGGGCUGUGUGGGAAAGUGUGCUUAGCUUCCCACACACGCCAGCACCGGACGGUGGUAUGGGUUGUGGAACAUAAUCUCUCUGAGUGCAAAUAAGAGUCCAAGUGAUUCAGAGCUCUUCAGCCAUCAUGCUCACGGUCCUUAACUUCCCGGGGACUACUCAGCCCUGACAGCAUCAGGCACUGUGUAAAUCUCAUUGCAUUACAAAAACUCUUUACGUCUAAAGAGUACAAAGCUCACGUUUGCUUUCCCAACGGUUUUGUUUUAAACCCUCUAUGUUUUGUAGCACACAAAGGGUAAAUGGUGUUCUCCAAGGGAAGAAAGAAACAUAUCAUCCAUUGAGUUACUCAGUGUGUUCCAGCAUUCACAUUCUCCCUGUCAGCAGUGUUUGCAGUGAGUAUCACGGGACACUACUGUCCUGCCAGCAGCACAAUCAUUUUGGGCAUUGAGGGAAAGAUGAGAUGAGCUACACCAAAGCUCAGGAUCCUCAUCUUGCCACCUUGCCCUACCCCAGGGACUCCAGUGACUUAAUGGACAACCUGAGUGAGAAGGGUGCUUACAAUUUGAGCCUCACCAACUACUUUCUCAGUCCAGCUUAGAGAAGGUCAAAUGCAUGAAGUGGCUCAGCUAAGUCACUGUCCUCAUUUUCAUCUUAACCCAUAGUGAGUGUCGGGUAGUUCAGCCUGGUCCUCUCUGUCAAACAGGUUUAUGCCAGCAUCACUGUUUGAGAAGAGGCUACCAUUUUGAUUGCACAGCAUUCUGGCUCCAUCCUGCUUUCCUUUGCCAUAUGGGGGAAGUUGAAAGAAGUCCAGGGAUGGCCCAGGUCCCCACAGCCUCCAGGCAGAGUGCAAGAGGCUCUGCCCCUGAAACUAGCAUGCAGAUCAGUUAUGAACACCUGGGUUACUCACAGUAGGAAGCUCCACCCAGCCACCUCUGUGCUUGAAAAUGGAAUAGUUUGGGAGACUAUUUCCAUGCAGUGCAUAUAAUAUUUGUCCUGGCUUUGGAGAUGGCCCAGCUAACAUUGCCCUGAGCAAUCUCUGUGCAUCACUAGGGAAUUAACCUGUGGCAAGCACCAUUCCCAUUGUUUGCAGCCACCUUGCCUUGGAAACUACAAGAGCAAAGCUGUGAGGAUACCAGUUGUUCCACACUGCUUGACCUUGG